CUACUUUUUACUAAAAGUAUUCUGUCCAGAGUCUGUCAUUGAUUGAUUGGGGGCUGUUAAUUUUGUUAAAGUUCCAUCAUGAGUAACAACAAGGCUGCAGAAAUUUUUAAAAAACUUUCCUGCAUCCCGUCCCUGAAGAAGGCCCUAUUUGAAAAAGUCCCUUCCAGCAAGAACUACAAACGUAUCACGGCAACAUGGUCCCAAAGAAACUUGAUGAAAAAUGAGAUGACGUCAUUCACCAACCAGUUUGUCAUCUGUGGAGACAGUGUGGAUGUCACUGCUCCUGUCACUUUUGAGAAUGUGCUUUGGCGUGUAAGAAGCAGAUCCGGGCAGAAGACAUUUCUGUUAAAACAGUCGAAAGAUAAGGACAAACCAUCUGAAGUGAAGCAAUACAUUGAGAUCUGGAAUGAAAUGUGCAUGACGCACAACGUACCGGUCAGCACUCUGAAAUCCCACGGGCUCCUCUACGAUGAUGACGAAGAAUUCGGUUCUGUGGCCUGGUCGAAUGAUGGUGAAAAAAUUCUCUUCAUCGCUGAGAAGGUUGUGGCGAAGGGCAGGAAGUACUUCAGUACUGAGACAGAAGGAGUGGAGGGCACAACAUACCUCUACAGAGGUGACUGGGGUGAGCAGAUGAGCAAGAAAGUAGAGCCGGUUCUCUGUGUAUUCGAACCCGCCACUUUCACCUCUUACGUAGUUGAUUGGUUGCCAACGUCAUGCUCUUAUGGGCAGCACAAGCCCGACAUGCUGAUGUGGCUGGAGUGCAACGAGGGUGGCCCACACCACCAGGAACACCGGGUGGUUGUUCGGGACCUCCCUCUCAGCCAAAAUAAGGUCCUCCAGUUGAAAGCCUCAAAUUGGGGUUGGGAUCUUUUUGUUGGUUUUUUGGAGUUUUUUUGUUGGGAAUUAGAGUUGUUCUGUUGUUUUUGCUGGUGUCAGGAUAAAUUUCUUGGAAUAUUUCGGGGAAGUUCGAUGAAGUGGAUCGAUGAUGAGAGAGUUCUCCUCAGUAGUAUCAGCUGUAGUCGAUUGAUGAUUGGAAGGUUACCCUCAGCCGGCAGCGAAUCAGAAAUAGCCUGGAGGAGACUCAGCCAAUCAGAGCAGAACUUUGUGAACGAUAUUGCGUGGACGAUUAAUGAGAUAAAGAACACCAGUGUUACUAACUCUAAAGGUGUCGUCGAUUAUGAGUACAUCUUGUUGGAGCCGACGGCCAAGAAGAAGCUACAACCUCUCAUUGUCUGCAACCAUGGUGGACCACAUUCAGUCUUCCUAGCCAGUUACAACACUCAACUGGCAGCCUACUGCUUGCUUGGCUUCUCUCUGCUGCUGACCAACUAUAGAGGAUCACUGGGCUAUGGUGAAGACAACGUGGAAAGCCUUCCGGGUAAUGUUGGAACUCAAGAUGUUGCUGAUAUCAAGCUUGCGCUUGACACAGUUAUCGCGAGGCGGCAGGCUGACCCGAAUAAGUUGGCUGUGAUUGGUGGGUCCCACGGCGGGUUCCUCACCCUGCAUCUCAUUGGUCAAUAUCCAGACCUCUUUAAAGUUGCUGUUGCAAGAAACGCUGUCGUUAACUUGACAAAUAUGCUGGGCGUUUCGGAUAUCCCAGAUUGGGUCUACACGGAGGUGGGAGAGGUCUUUGACGACCGCAUGAUCGUUAGCCCCGCCCUCCUGAACAAGCUGCUGUCAAAAUCGCCCUGGCAGUACGUAGACAAGAUGAAGACGCCCUUGUUACUAAUGGUGGGAGGAGCCGACUUCAGGGUGCCACCCUCGCAGAGCCUUCAACUGUUCAAAAGUCUGAAGGCUAGCAACCGAACUGUCAGACUCCACCUCUAUCCGGAAUCCUGCCAUCCACUGGCUGAAGUCGACGUUGAAGUGGAUAACUUCAUCAACGGCGUCAUGUGGAUUGAGGAGCAUCUCAAUGGCUAGCCAGAAACAGGGAUGGGUCGAAGUGUCAAAAUAUAGAUGUGUGAAUGUGGCGAUGUUUAAAAAUAGGGAUGUGCAAAUGUGUGGGUGUUUCGGGUGUUUCGAGGCAGGAAUGUGUAGAAUUAUGCGAAUGCAAACGUGGCUUGUGUUGAAGUAGGGAUGUACAAGUGUCGGGAUGUGUGUAAAUUGGGAUUUCAAAAUGAGGAAAUGUGUGCAAACCGGAAUUCGUAAAUACGGAUAUUUUAAAUAAAUUAUGUAUUUGUUUUUUCUUUGAUGGCAACCGAGUUGCUAUUGUUAUUAUUUGUUUGGCUCUCAGACUCAAAAGAAGGAACUCCUCUCUAUUUUCAAAUCAGGAUAAUCCAUAAAAAGAUAAUUUUUACGAUGUUUAUAGAGUGAUGGAACAUGUUAAAUGAAAGUUAAAAACGGAUUUUUUUUUUUAGUAAACAAUCUUAAAAAUUGUUGAGUAUAUUUUCAUUCAACCCAUUAUUUUGUCAUGGUUUUAAAAAAGUUGAGUGUAUUUUUGUUAAGAUCAAACUGUUCAAAGUUC